AUCGCAACACACACUGGUAGCUCUGCUCAGCUCGGAGCUUCAGUGCUUGCCACUCACAGAGGUCGAUCGAGCAAGCUCGGCAGCCGCGCAGCUCAGCACCAAUGGCCACCGUCGAGGUCCAGGUCCCGACCGCCACGCUGCCCGCCGAGGAGGCUCCGGCGGUGGCGGAGGCCGUCCAGCAGCCGGCCGUCGUCACCGAGGAGGCCCCGAAGGAGGAAGCUGCUGCUCCGGUCGUGGAGGAGACCCCGGCCGCGGAGGCAGCUACGGCCGAGCCGGAGGUCGCCAAGGAGCCCGAGGCGGAGGCGGCUCCUGCCGAGACCAAGACCAAGGAGGUUGAGGCAGCGGCUGCUCCGGCUGCGGCAGAGACCAAGGAGGCCGAGCCAGAGGCGGCGCCGGCGGAGACUGAGGCCAAGGAGGCGGAGCCAGAGGCGGCGGCGGCCGAGACUGAGACCAAGGAGGCUGAGCCUGAGGCGGCGCCGGCCGAGGCAGAGACCAAGGAGGCCGAGCCCGAGAUCAAGGAGGCGGAGCCAGCUGCUACCGAGACCGAGGUAGAGGCCGCACCGGCCGGCACCGAGGCCACCGAGGCAGCGGCGGAAGCCGCGCCGGUCGCGGCCGCCGAGGCCGAGGCGAAGAAGGAAGCGGAGGCCGUGCCGGCUGAGGAGGCGGCGGCUCCAGAGGCCGCGCUGGCGCCGGAGGAAGCGCCGGCCGCCGCAGUGGCCGACGAGAAGACCGUGGCCGCCGAGGAGGCGGCGGCGGAUGCCGAGGUGGCAGCCCCUGCUCCCGAGGUCGCCGACAAGUCGGAGUAAGUGUGGCGGGCGUAUCCGUCCCGCCGCGCACGUGCGAUCCUGCCGAUCCAUGAUCUAGCCGCUGUCUCGUGCCUCGGCACGGCAUGCCGCCGGCGGUGGUCGCUGCAUCCGUGGAUGCGCCGCCGCCGCCGCCGUUCGGGGUUCACGUUCGUGUCGUAGCUACGUGGGGCCCACGCGGCGUUAUCGUGUCGUGUGUUGAAUAAUGUAGAAUCCGUGUGUUACGUGUCCGUGGGGUUCGGGGGGCCCUGGUGUCAGUGCUGAUGUGGCGUGGCUUGACGGCGCGUCGGUGGGGCCGCCGGGCCAUGGAGCACGCCGUCGUUUUUAAAUUUGUUGGUUGAUACGUGUAUCGUGUACUACGUUGUUGGGCGUAUUUGUACUAGCCAAAUCAAUUUUUUCCUCCUUUUGAAGUGUCACCGUGUGAUUUAAUUUUUAAAUAAUUGCCACCAUGUAAACCAUACUAUGGUAUA